UCCUCCUCCUCCUCCCCGCGGUGCUUGUAGAGGAGUAUCGUGGAAAGAGUCCUAUCUCUCUGAGGUGAUCCGACACGCCAAGGAAGACCCAUAAAUGAGGGAGCAAAGCAAGAAGUAAAAUAAAAACAAAAACAUAAAGCUCCCUCUGAAAGACAGGGUGGCCUGCGGGCACGAAGAGGAUAGAUAAAUAAACCCGCUCCUGCGCUGACAAGGAGGAUAGACUAUCCUCUAGCACCGCAAAGAUGGGGAACCGGGGAAUGGAGGAUCUGAUUCCUCUGGUGAACCGCAUGCAGGAUGCCUUCUCGGCCAUCGGGCAGAACGCGAACCUGGACCUGCCGCAGAUCGCCGUGGUGGGCGGCCAGAGCGCGGGGAAGAGCUCGGUUCUGGAGAACUUCGUCGGGAGGGAUUUCCUUCCUCGUGGUUCUGGCAUCGUGACCCGUCGACCUUUGGUUCUUCAGCUGAUGAACUGCCCUACAGAACAUGCAGAGUUCCUCCACUGCAAGGGCAAAAAAUUCACAGAUUUUGAUGAGGUGCGACAAGAGAUUGAGGCGGAGACUGACCGCAUCACUGGAGCCAAUAAGGGCAUCUCUCCCGUGCCCAUCAACCUGCGCGUUUACUCUCCUCAUGUGCUGAACCUGACGCUGGUGGACCUGCCGGGAAUGACCAAGGUGCCGGUCGGAGACCAGCCUGCAGACAUCGAGGCUCAGAUCAGAGACAUGUUACUGCAGUUUGUGACCAAGGAGAACUGCCUCAUGUUGGCCGUUUCCCCGGCCAACUCUGAUCUGGCCAACUCUGACGCUUUAAAAAUUGCCAAAGAGGUCGACCCUCAGGGUAUGAGGACCAUAGGGGUGAUCACCAAGCUGGACUUGAUGGACGAAGGGACAGACGCUAAAGACAUCCUGGAGAACAAGCUGCUUCCCCUGCGCAGGGGUUACAUCGGUGUGGUUAACAGAAGCCAGAAGGACAUCGAUGGAAAGAAGGAUAUUAAUGCUGCUAUUGCUGCUGAGAGGAAGUUCUUCCUCACCCACCCUGCUUACAGACACCUGGCUGAACGCAUGGGCACGCCCUACCUCCAGAAAGUCCUUAAUCAGCAACUGACCAACCACAUCCGGGACACCCUGCCGGGUCUGCGGGCAAAGCUGCAGAGUCAGCUCCUCUCCAUAGAGAAGGAGGUGGAGGAGUACAAGAACUUCAGACCUGAUGAUCCGUCCCGCAAAACAAAGGCUCUCCUUCAAAUGGUGCAGCAGUUUUCAGUGGACUUUGAGAAGUGCAUAGAGGGCUCCGGAGACCAGAUCGACACGGCCGAGCUGUCGGGUGGCGCGAGGAUCAAUCGCAUCUUUCACGAGCGCUUCCCCUUCGAACUGGUCAAGAUGGAGUUUGAUGAGAAAGAACUCCGCAAGGAAAUCAGCUACGCAAUCAAGAACAUUCAUGGAAUCAGAACUGGCCUCUUCACCCCGGACAUGGCCUUUGAGACCAUUGUGAAAAGGCAAAUUGGGAAGAUUAAAGAGCCUUGCACCAAAUGUGUGGACAUGGUCAUUUCUGAGCUAGUCAAUACAGUUAGGCAGUGUACCAAGAAGCUGGCCCAGUAUCCCAUGCUGAGAGAAGAGAUGGAGAGAAUCGUCACUCAGCACAUCAGAGACAGAGAAAACCGCACCAAGGGUCAGGUGCUGUUGCUGAUUGAUAUUGAAUUGUCCUACAUGAAUACAAACCAUGAAGACUUCAUUGGAUUUGCAAACGCUCAGCAGAGGAUCAAUCAAAUGAACAAGAAGAAGACGGCUGGAAAUCAGGAUGAAAUCAUGGUGAUCAGGAAGGGCUGGCUGACCAUCAACAACAUUGGCAUCAUGAAGGGAGGAGCCAAAGAGUACUGGUUCGUCCUCACCGCAGAGUCCCUGUCCUGGUACAAAGAUGAUGAGGAGAAGGAGAAGAAGUACAUGCUUCCAGUGGACAACCUGAAGCUGCGGGAUGUGGAGAAGGGCUUCAUGUCCAGCAAGCACAUCUUUGCUCUCUUCAACACCGAGCAGAGAAACGUGUACAAGGACUACCGUCAGCUGGAGCUGGCCUGUGAGAGCCAGGAAGAUGUUGAUGCCUGGAAGGCCUCCUUCCUCAGAGCUGGAGUUUAUCCUGAACGCGUCACCGAGAAGGAAGGAAAGAGUGAAGGCAGCGAUGAAAACGGCUCAGACAACUUCAUGCACAGCAUGGACCCUCAGCUGGAGCGGCAGGUGGAGACGAUCCGCAACCUGGUUGACUCCUACAUGGCGAUUGUCAACAAGACCGUGCGCGACCUGAUCCCAAAGACGGUGAUGCAUCUCAUGAUUAACAACACAAAAGAGUUCAUUAACGCUGAGCUGCUGGCCCAGCUCUACUCAUGCGGUGACCAGAACACUCUGAUGGAGGAGUCUCAGGAGCAGGCGCAGCAUCGCGAUGAGAUGCUCAGGAUGUACCACGCCCUGCGGGAGGCGCUAAGCAUCAUCGGCGACAUCAGCACAACCACAGUAAGCACAUCCAUGCCGCCUCCAGUGGAUGACUCCUGGCUGCAGGUCCAACGCGGUGGAUCCGGAGGAAGGUCUCCAGCAACCAGUCCAACUCCAAAUCGCAGGGCUCCACCGGGCCCACCAGCUCGCCCAGGCUCCCGUGGACCCCCUCCGGGGCCUCCUCCUGCUGGGGGCCCCCCUGUACCGUCUCGCCCUGGAGCAUCUCCAGAUCCUCACGGCGGGCCACCUCCUACCGUGCCCUCCCGGCCUAACCGCGCGCCCCCCAGUGUGCCAAGAAUCACUAUCACCGACCGAUGAAGACUAACGUUUCUCGUCGGAGACCCCCACCUUCUCCAACACACUAGACCUCAGAGCUCCUUCCUCCCUCCUUCAUUUCCCCUGUCUGGACGAGAGAGAGGCGCUUCGGACAACAGCGCCACCUUCCUCUCAUCUACCGCCUGGUCUGACCCUCCUGUUCCCACCUCUCUGCCCCCCAUCCCCAUUCGCCCCUCUGCUUUCACGCAGAGAAGCAGAAUACUUGAAAGCAUGACUUACAUACAACUUUGUUCCUCACAGUUUAAUCGCAGAGACCAUGAAAUGACUAUAUUACACAACUGAGUCAACAUAUUGUAUAUCCACGCAAGUUCAAAGCAGAAUGCUUCCCCGCUUCUUAUAUCAAGAGGGGUAAACAUUUGCAAGUUUAGCAUGAAUCUAUGCCUGAGCUUUUCGAAAGCGUCGUCUCAGUUUUAACAUUUGUUUCAUUUACUUUUAUCAGGAUUUGUUUGCUCACCUUUAUUUUGAGGAACAGAAUGAUGUAAACCAGAACCUUUAUUCAGGGUGGGCCAUUUCAUACAACACCCCCAAAUACCAUUUUUCUUUCUCUCUCUCUCUUUUUUAAGCUAAUCCAUGCUUUCCCACCGUCCAAAUCCAUAAAACAGCAGCACCGCUCAGGUGAGGCAGACGUGGAUGACAUCUGUAUUCUUCGAUUUGAAAAACCUGAAUGGACAAAAGUCUCCUUCGUUUUUCCCUUUUAUCCUCUCCAUCACCCUCCUCUGCUGUAAAGCAGAAGUCAGAAUCACGUAGCGGAUCGUCUUAUUUUGCCAGUCGCAGACUUUAGAAAGUCUCACUGUUGCUGUUCUUACAAAGCUUUGUCGCAUCCUCUUCUUAAACUGCUGCGCUCUCAAACAACCUAUGCAAAAGAGAAAAGUGGUUUCUCAGUCUUCUCAUGGCGAAAAGAUGCAUCUAAUGUAGUUUAUUCCCCCUUUUUGUUCCUCUGCUUAUCAAGACGUUAUUACUACUUUCAAAAAUAAUGAGGAUAUUUAAUAUGAUUAAGAAUACAUCAUAAAUUCAGGAAACAUAAUUAUGUUUCAUUUGUUGGGGCAAUGUUGGGUUUUUUUUUGUCAAAGUAAUUAAUGCAUAAUUACUGCGCUUUCAAAUGUUCUUUCAAAAAUGAAAGAUUGUAAUCCUGUUACAGAACUCAAAUAAAUCUAAUAAACACAUUUAUUGCAGUCUAAAGAAAUAUAUGCUUAAUUUUGUAGAGGAACUUUUUCAACUUUCUUUUAACACUCUUCCACAAAGGGCAGAUUUGCAAAGUUUAUUGCAGGGUAAGAAAUUUAAUUAAGGAGUAUAAAACUGAAGUGGGCCACAUUCCAAUUUUUCAAAACCAUUUUUCCUUUCCACUGGUGAAUCAUGUAUUUUUUAUUCACUCAAGCAAACUGAAGGUUGGGAUUGUAUUGCAGCAACAUGUGAGAAAGGUUCAAGAGGUCUGAAUACUUUUGCAGCAGCACCGCUCCUAAAACUGAACAUAAUGAAACCAGAGAAGGAGACUUUGUGACCUGAGUUGUUUCUUUAGACUGUUAACUCUUCAUGUAGAGUGUAAUACAAGAUGAUGGUCUAGUAACUCAGGUUAGUCAGGUUUGAGCAAUGUUAAAUUAAGCAGGUAAAAAAAAAAUUAUAUAUAUAUAUAUACUGUAUGUAUGUAUAUAUAUAUAUAUAUAAAUUGCAUUUUAAGUUGCUGAUCUGCCAUUUCUUCUUUUUCUCUUUUCUCCUGCUCCAUUUUCUCUCAGUGGUCACGGGGGUGAGUGAGAACAUGAACAGUCCCAGUCUAUGCAUAAAGUACCACUGCUUGUGUUCAGUUGUCACAUUACUGAGCAGAAACCACCUUUUAAUCCCUUUGUUUUUUGCCACUGAGCUCUGCUGUCAGUGUUAUGUGUUGUAUUUUGACCCCAAACCCAAACAGCCCACUAGCCUUACCUUACACACAUCUUUACCCUGUGAUCAUUACGAGGAAAAAUCACCUACUUGUGCAUCUCUGAUCUCAACAUCUGCAAAGCAAACAUGAAGUCAUAUCUGAUUUAACAGUAAUUAGUUUAUUAAUGUGUUAUGUAUUCGUGUGGUGCAUUUUACUAGACAUGUUCUGUCUUCUGCUUAGAUAAUUUAGUCCACAUUGUAUGCAACAUCAGAAUAUUUAAACCAUGAGUAAAUGAGCAUAACAGAAUACUUGAAAAAUAAUAAUAAAAAAAACUGUGCUGUAAAUGGAUGCUGGCAGGUUGUUUGAUACUUUUGCUUGCAUCAGGGAGGGUGUAUUUGUGUUUUCUCUGAAUUUAUAAAAAGUGAAACAGAAGGACGGUGUGUGUAAACUGGCUGAUGACAAGUCCUGCUGCUUGUAUCAGCUGAUGUAAAAGAAACUGUAAGAUUAUCCUGGAGGACUGCUGUACUCUCAACUACAUAUUAAAAGACCUCUAUGUGC